UAAUAUUCAUUUAUCAGGCAUUAUCAAUUUCUAUAACCACGACGGCUUUAUCGUUUAUAGUAUUCGAUGUCGCAAGAAAUGAAAGAAGAUAUAUGUUUUACCCGCUUCUGGUUAUAGUGGAUUUGAAGCAGCGUCAGCUGCCCAGGUCCGGUGAUGGACACCUACUCCUCUGGAGAAGAAUUGAUUAUUAAGACAAGAAAGCCAUAUACAAUCACAAAGCAACGUGAACGAUGGACAGAGGAGGAGCACAGUCGGUUCUUGGAAGCCUUGAAACUCUAUGGAAGAGCUUGGCAGCGCAUAGAAGAACACAUAGGAACAAAGACCGCUGUGCAGAUCCGAAGCCAUGCGCAAAAAUUCUUUUCAAAGAAUAUGCGCGGGCUGAGAAUAGGAAGAGCGACCACAGAGAGCAAGUGCGGGGAUGGUUGCGUGAGGCUUUGGAUUUGGUGAAGGAUGGCGGCAGUG